UGGAGUCAGCACACAGCAACAGUCACCCUAGUGUCUUCUGGAAAUUUCCCAGGUGAAAUUCCAGAAGAGUGGCAGGCAGUCACCAAGGCAGGUUCUCUACUGCUGUGUGGUUAAUGAAACUGGUGGGCUAGCCACUGCUUCCUGGUUGCCAUAGAAACGACCAGGCUGCUGGCCUUCUGAAAACGGAAGAGAACAGCAAGUGCAGGACCAGGCAUUCCACCCUGGCUUGCAGAUUAAACCAGCUGUCAAGACUGGGUGAAGAAUCGAUCCAUGGCCAGGCAGAGGUCUAAGGAUCAGAGGUGAGAUCUCAUGGUGGAACCCCAAGGUGUGAGGCACAGUGAGCUGGCUCAUAACUAAGAAACCCAAACACUGGCUGGGGAUGGCACCUCUUUCCAGGCACUGUCUCCUUCUCAUUGGAACACUGGGUGUCCUGGUACUUAACUGCUGCACCAACGGUCAGAGGAACAGCACGCUGAUCUUCACCAAGGAAAAUACCAUUCGGAACUGCAGCUGCUCGGCAGAUGUCCGGGACUGUGACUACAGUUUGGCUAACCUGAUGUGCAGCUGCAAAACAGUCCUGCCUUUCGCAGUAGAGCAAACCAGCUACAAUGGUCACCUGACCAUCUGGUUCACAGACAUGUCUACCCUGGGCCACCUGUUGAACUUCACACUGGUCCAGGACCUGAAGCUUUCCCUGUGCAGUACGAACACUCUGCCCACUGAGUACCUAGCUAUUUGUGGUCUGAAGAGGCUUCGCAUCAACACCGAGGCCAAGUAUUCUUUUCCAGAACAGAGCUUGCUCAUCCACAGCACUGUGGACAGUGACUCCAAAGAGAAGCCCGUGUCAUUACACAAAGGCUGGCAAACAUGUAUGUAUAUCUCAUUCUUAGACAUGACUCUUUUCAACAGGGACUCCUCCUUAAGAUCAUAUAGUGUUGAAAACAUUGCCAGCAUUGCAGACAACUUUCCUGACUUUUCUUACCUUAAAACCUUCCCAGUGCCAAACAACAAAAGCUAUGUCGUCACAUUCAUUUACUAGCAUUGGAACCAGUUUGGACUUUGGCAAAUGAUGGAUAAUUUGAGCAAGGAAUGUGGGAAUCUGGCUAUGGGUAUCUCUGAUCACUACUACACUUUGCUCCCCAGCUCCAGUUCCUGAUAGUCACACAUACAAAGAACCAGCUCACUCUGCUCUGUGCUCAACUGUAUGAGUUCUUUUGAGAAAUUAAAUGAAAAGAAAUGAAAAAGCAAAGCAAAACAAAAAUACCUCAAGUCAGUUCAGAGAUAUUUCUUAAGGACCAGGUACAGGGUAGGUCUUUGCAACUGGGAGUAUGUGGAGAAGGCAAUGAGUAUAAGGAACCACUAGCUUAGAGGGGCACAACACACACAGGGCAUGACCCCCAAGAAAGGUAUGAUUUCGAAACGCCACCUUAAGUUCUUUUCUGCUUCCUUUUGUAACAAUCCCCCUAAGUAGAGAAUGAUAGAUUUUAGAAGUUUCAGGACUGAGAACUCCACAAAAUAAUUAGGUUCUCUUAGAUUGCUAUUUUCCAAAUGCCUGGCUAAGAACAGAGGCAUUGAGAAUGGAGUUUUGAGAUUGUUGGGGUUUAGGUAGGACAGGCAUGGAUCCAGCCUGGGGUGGGGUGGUUAAGGCAGCUGGAUACUCAUGGCUGGGUGGCUGACUGGUUUGGAUCACGGCCCUGGCAUCUUGAGAAAUAUGUAGGGCAUGUGUGCAUGUCCAAAAUCCUGAAAGGAGAGAGAC